AUGGGUAAAGGAACGGAUAAGCUAUAUAUUACUCACUCAGAAUGGGCAUCUGAAGACGCAUACUCGGCCAGCGCUGGCGCUGGAUUAGCCGGAGGACGAAAUACCACUGUUCACGCGUCCUUCAAGCGUCUACCAUUCAACUUUUGCUCGCUUUCGCUCCAACCUUUCAAACACCCGGUCUGCACAGCCCAAGGCACCAUUUUCGAUCUCACAAAUAUUCUACCUUGGCUGAAAAAACACGGUACCAACCCCGUUGACGGAAGUCCCUUGAAGAGCUCCGAUCUGAUAAAGUUGAACUUCGCAAAGAAUGAGGCGGGUGAAUAUGUCGAUCCGGUCACGUUCAAAGUAUUCACGGAUAACACGCACAUUGUCGCGCUGCGCCCGUCGGGAAAUGUUUUUGCAUGGGAUACGGUUGAGAGACUGAAUGUCAAGGCUAAGAUGUGGCGCGACCUGGUCACGGACGAGGAGUUUAGUCGCAAGGAUAUCAUCACGUUGCAAGAUCCGCAAAAUAUCGAGGCACGGAAUCUGAGUUCUUUCAAGUAUCUCAAAGACGGAGAAAGUGUGUUGACUGAAGAGCAACUCCGGGAGCGAAACGAUCCUAUCAACAACGUCAACUUGAAUGCGAUGGGUAGUUCUGCGAAAAUCCUCAAAGCUAAGGAGGCGGUUGCGCGAGCGCGUGCUGAGCGUAGCGCGCAACAAACGAAAGGUUCCGCUAGCAAGGCUUUGCUAUCAGAAAAGUCAAAAUCGACUACUGUGUCUCAUCAACCAACCAAACACGUCCCUUUCAACGCCGCUCGACAUACAACGGGCCUUGCUGCGGCGUCCUUUACCAGCACAGGGUUGACUCCUCACACAGAAGCCGAGUUGGCCACUUUAUCGGACGAACAAUAUAUGUUGAAAUGUGGAAGAGUCAAAGAAAAGGGUUACGCUCGUAUCUCAACAACGAUGGGUGAUUUGAACUUGGAAUUGCAGACCGAAUAUGCACCCAAAGCUGUCUGGAACUUUAUCCACCUAGCCAAAAAGGGCUACUACAAAGAUGUCAUAUUCCACCGUAACAUCAAGGGCUUCAUGAUACAAGGAGGCGAUCCUACCGGAACCGGACGUGGUGGCGAAAGUAUCUGGGGAAAGAAUUUUGAUGAUGAAUUUGACGGGCCUCUCAAACACGAUGCUCGAGGUACCCUCAGUAUGGCGAAUAAGGGUAAAAAUACGAAUAGCAGUCAAUUUUUCAUAGCCUAUCGUGCCUUGCCUCAUCUGAACAACAAGCAUACCGUCUUUGGCCGUAUUAUUGACGACCCAUCACCCUCAUCGACAACUUUGAACGCCAUGGAAGUGGCGCCGGUUGACUCCACUACCAACCGGCCAGUUACCGACAUUCGAAUCAAAGAUGUAACCAUCUUCUUCGAUCCGUUCGAGGAGUUCAUGAACAAGCAAGCUACUCUGAACGCUGGGGGAGGUAUCCAGGCUCAAAAGAAGAAGGAUGACAAAGCUGCGGAGAAUGUUGAUGAUGAUUUAGUUACUUGGACCGGCAAGCGUGUCCGCGGUCUAGACGGAUCCAGGUCUUCAGAAGCGAAGGAAGGUGGCGGGGUAGGCAAAUACCUUCGAGCUGCGAUAGCUGAGCAACAAACUCGAAAGCCUGGGGAUGAGGAUGAAAUUGUUGAAUACAUGGAUGAUCCGGAACCUGAGCUACCAGAACCUACGCGCAAAAAGUUUAAGUCAUCAGGAGGAUUUGGCAACUUUGAGGGAUGGUAG